AUGCGGCAGAUCCGGGAGGGGGGCGGGAUAGUGACGGACAGGGUCCGUCGUUUAUUGAGGCUCCAGGCCCGGCGGUCGUUGGUCGAGGAGUGGUGCGCGCGCCUCGAGGAUCCGAAGUGCGCGGAUCAGUGGACCGUCGGAGCUCUGGCCCCGGUGUUGGCGGACUGGCUGGAUCGGGGUUGGGGCAGGGUGUCCUUCCGGAUGGCACAAAUGUUCACCGGACAUGGGUGUUUCGGUGAUUUCUUGUGCCGAAUCCGGAAGGAGGACACGGUUCACUGCCACCACUGUGAGAACGAGGAGGAGGCGGACACCCCACUUCACACGCUGGCCACGUGCCUGGCGUGGAAGAGGGAGCGCGGUGUCCUGAGGGCCAAAUUGAGGCCCGGCGAGGACUUGUCCCUCGGCACGCUGGUGUGA